CCUCAACAUUUGCUUUACUUCUCCUAUGAUUGGUCCCAGCGUAGAUAGGUCCCUCUCCUUCUCUGUAGCUUGCUAACUAUCUCCUUACAGUCCAUCUCGAUGUGCAGACUGUUUGCAUUGAUCUCAUGUGCUAACUGAACCGCAUGUUUGCAGGCUAAAAGCUCGGCCGUAGCAGGAUCUCUGCAGUUUGGGAGGAAAUGGCAUGCACUGCCCAUGAGGGCCCCUUCAUGAUUUCUGAAAACUACUCCCGCUCCUCCACAUUCACCUGUCUUUGACAUAGCUCCAUCCACGUUGACUUUAAGCCAACCUUCCUCCGGCGGUCUCCACUUUUCAACAGGCACUGGCUUCUGAAUUUUGCUAUUGCUUCCAUGAAUGGCCUGCCACUCCUCCAUCAACUUGACUACAGUCCUUGCAAUCACCUCUGCAUCUUCAAUUCUCUUUCUAUCACGGGCAUUAUUGCGAGCUAACCACAGUCCAUACAGCCCCUGAAUCAUGAUUGCUCUCUCAUCAUCCGAUGCAUCAGCAACCCACGAGAGCAACCAGCUUGAGAGUGCACCCUGGGGACAAAUUGAAUCCGGUGGGAUCGUCACCGGCACCCCAACUCCGAGUGCAUAACUUUCCAGAACUUCUGUGAGUGAUAGCAUCCCCAAAAUCUCCACCAGAAGCCAGUGAGGAGGUUUCCCAAAGCCCUUAUCUACCCAUCUUUUCAUCAGCCUAUUUAGUAGCAAGCUCGAGGAAGUUGGCAAUAUUCAGGAAAAAAACAAGCAAUGUUAAGAAGAUAACCAAGAGCAGCUCCUUUUCACAUCAUGGAUCCCCCCAGCGGGAUAUGUGAAGAUCAAGGUGGAUUAGGGUAUAGCGAGGUAUGAACUUGUAGGCGUUGCGUGGCAGUGUGCAGAAAUUUAGAAGGCAUGUUCUUGAGGUCUUGGCAUGUUCUUGAGGUCUUGGCAGAAAUUCAGAAGGCAUGUUCUUGAGGUCUUUUAGCCAACUCUGACCAUUCAUAUUUCUAAUAAAAUAAAAUAUAUCCUACAAAAAUUACACGGAUAGAUUUGUAUUUGAAAGAGCCUUUUGAUGGUAUAAUUUUUGUGACAUAUAAUUUACAUUUUAUUACUUUAGUUUAUUAGUCAAAAUUUAGCCAAUGAGAGGGAGCCUAAUAAACUCAGACGGAUGGAGUUAACCUGAGCCAGUAACAUCCGCCGUCUCUCUUCUCUAAAACAGAAGAAAAAGAAAAGGACACAAGAAACUCGGCGUGGUUGCUUACACCCAACACAGCCGAUGUGGUUGGAAUGGUUAAGUGGACAGUGUUAUCCCCACCCCAUCAAGGUUCAAGUCCUGGUGCUCGUAUUAUCCUGAAAUUCUUUCAGGAUUUCCGGCGAUACGCUUUUCGUGGAAGAAGACGUUUCCAUCGACUAUGAGGCGCCUACGGUGACUUCGUAAAACAUCAAGAUGAUACGCCGGCUCAGUCUUUCGGAGGUGCUCAGAGGAACAGAGUGUGCGUGUAUGUGUUUAUAGGGAAGCUUACCUUCAACCGGCGGAUCGCGCGGUUCGUCCGUCGGCUCCGUGUCCGUCCGAUCGUCAGCUGAUCAGACGGACGAGAGCAACCCCACCCGCACCUUUGUGUACACACCGUUUCUGCAACUGAGCAGUUGUUUCGGAAGGGAGAAUUUGCAACUUCCUGGCCCUUUUUUGCAGCGUCGGUGACUCUUGCGGCUGGAGGGCAAUGGAGGCGAGGAAUCUCACCAGAUCCGACGAGGAUGAGGCGCGGGCAGGAGGCGGGGACGUCCGGGGGCCGCGAGGAGCGGUGACUCGUGCGGCUAGGAGGGCGACGACGGCGAGGAUUCCAGCCAGAUCUUGCCGGAUUCGACGAGGAUAACCUGCGGGCAGGAGGUGGGGACGUCCGGGAGUGGCGGGGGCUCGUCUCGGUGAGGUCCGGUGGGGUUGACGGCGAGCGUCAUAGCAAGGACCUGCGACGGCAGCGGCUCACGGUGCUCCUUAGCGGAGCAUGUUUUCUGAACAAAGCUCUUGUUGCGAUAGUAAGUUGUGUUUCUGAAAUAAUGCUCUUGUUUGCGCAGAGAUGCUUUUGACAACUGUCCUCAAUAUUUCUGAAACAAAGCUCUUUUUUGCAAAAGUCACUGAUGUUUCUAAAACAAAGCUCUUUGUUGCAAUAGUCACUGUUGUUUCUGAAACAACACUUUUGUUGCGAAGUGGGAUAGUAUGUUGAGCAACUUAUAUUGGAUGGCUAGCGAGACGGCGGAUCGGGCCGACGCGUAGCACUCCUAGUAUAUACACGUUUAUAUAAGUGCUUGCAUCUUUAUUGUGUUAAAAAAACGCAGCCGCAUCGGCCUAAACCUCCACACCGCCGCCUCCGAAUUCCCCAAUUCCAGAGGAGGCGAACCAGCCCUUGAUCGGAUCCCAACUCCGACUGCUGGGCGGAACAAUGGUAACGCAGUCGGAGCCAGCAUCAACCCGUCGUCCUCCACCGCCAUCAACCAUGGAUUUAUUCUCCACCUCCUCCUUCAUCCGCCGCCGAUUUUCUUGAACCCUUCGCCGGCUUGUCUGACGCUUCCGACGACGACAUGGAUAGUGCGGAAGAUCGACCCUCCUUGGUUGCGGCGGAGGAGGACAAGCAGCAUGUCCCCUACAGCGACGCUCCGUCUGCGGUGCGCGCCGUGCUCAACCGUCCGUGGCCAUCCCCUGCCCUGAUCCCGCCGGAUAGUCCGUCCGGCAAGUACCGCACACUGGUGGCCACCGCCAAGGACAUCGGGGACCCGAUCUCGCCGGAGGAGAUGGCCGCGCUGGAGGACAAGGAGAGCGACGACGCAAACGCACGGUUCUACAAGGCAAUGGCUCGGACCGAUGUCUUCAUGAGGAAUUACAUCCAUGAACACGGCAACCUGUACAUGGAUGAGAACGACGGGUGCAUGUUCGACAACUCCGCCCAAGUUGAGGAAAUACGUUGCAAGUGUGUCACAGCAGAAGAAAUGGAAGCCAAGAUAAUGAAGCGAGAGGUGACUAGGCAAGAAACUUAUUUGUCAGAACUGGCCUUAGCGAGUUUCAACAAGAGGAGAAAGGUGAAGUUUGAGUUAUGUGAGACAUUGCUUUCAAAUUCCUUCUGGCACAACAGAGAUUCCUUUGUGCACCUCAAUUUCGUCGCAAAGCGGAAGGAUAAGAAGACGCUCUUUUUUGCCGAGAUAGAGGACUGCGGACAGGUCGGCAAAGAGAUCCUGCAAGUACGCUGCUGCGUUCCCCUGGAUUCGCUAUGUGAAGGUGGUUAUCAUUACUACUGUGUUGAUCCUCCUGGACAUGGCUAUAGGAAAAGUCUUGACUUCACGAGGUGCUACGCCUGCACCGAGUUCUUGAAACAUCCGGCCGAUGGCUCGACAUACUCAGGAGGGCAUGACCAUCGGAAGAGGAUGUAUCUAUAGUUUAGGAUGUGUUUCAUUUAUAGUAAAAAAAAUAUUGAUUUAUUUAUCAGCGAUGGAGCCUCCUCAUGGAGGGCACGAGAGUAUGAUCUGUUGGAAAAUUAAGUGAUUAAAUGGUUAAUAUGUUAAUUAGCAUAAGUUAAAGUGGGCCCAAUAGUUAAUUAUGGGAUUAACACUAAUUAACGGUAAUUAGCAAUUUGCGCCUGUGAUUGGGGGCUAAUUAAGAUUAUGGUUAGGUCCCACGUCAUAUACAGCGCUAUAUAUAAAGGAGGGCAUCCCUGCACCUAAUUGAUCGUCGUAUCGUUUAGGACAACAGUGCCCUCCGAAAUUCACUCCAAAUCAAAUCGGGAGUGCGCUGGACGUUGACGUGAAGGCCUCUCCUUACUCCGGCGAGGUGCCGGAGUGAUCUACUAUGCUGCUGCAGUUCGUCAUCAGACUCCACUUCCUCCACCGAGAUGGCCUCUCCAAACGGAGCUUUGAACCCAUCACUUAUUUUUGGGCUCCUAAACUCAAUUGAGCACCUCAAUGGGACUAACUUUCCUACAUGGAAGGAGCAGAUUUCCAUUAACCUUGGGGUCAUGGAUCUUGACUACGCACUUAGGGAGAAGGCUCCAGUUCCCUUGUCCUCUGAUGAUGAAAACCUUACUGAGAGAACUAAGGUUUAUGAGGCUAACAAGGAGAAGUGGGAGCGCUCCAAUCGAUUGUCCCUCAUGAUCAUGAAAAGCACAAUUACUCUUGGGAUUAGGGGAGCUAUCCCCGAUUCCGAAUGUGCUAAGACUUAUCUGGCAUCGGUGGAGGAACAGUUUAAAGGCUCCACAAAAGUCUAUGCCAGUACACUGAUCAUGAAAAUGCUCACCACUAAGUAUGAUGGUGCAAGCGGUGUGAGAGAACAUAUCAUGACUAUGAACGAUAUGGCCGCAAAAUUAAAGGGCAUGGACAUGGAGAUUUCUGAGGGCUUCUUGGUUCAUUUCAUUAUGACCUCCCUUCCAGUGGAGUUUGGUCCAUUCAAGAUCAACUAUAACACAGAGAAGGAGAAGUGGACCAUGGGUGAGCUCAGGGCUAUGUGCGUUCAAGAAGAGGAGCGACUUAAGAUUGAGAGAAAAGAUUACGCUCAUCUUACUUUCAUGAACUCAGGGAAGAGAAAGUUUAAUGGUGAAAAUAAGACUCAGAAAAAAUUAGGUCCUUCACAUAAGGCCGAGUCAAGCAAGUCUGGGGCCAAAAGGUCAAAGCCUUCUGUUGCUAAUGAGCCUUCUGCACCUAAGAAGCCUUAUUGCAAGUUUUGCAAACAUGACGGACAUAAGCAGAAGGAUUGCGAUGGCUUUAAGGCAUGGCUUGUAAAGAAGGGGAUUCCUUACCGUGAGGACGCUUCAAAGGGGGGAGCGAACUCUUAGAGUUGCAAAUGGAAAGGAGGCUAAUGUUGAAGCUGUUGGGACUCUCCCGUUAGUGCUAAAAGAUGGCUUCACCCUCAUUCUUAAUAAUGCUAUUUAUGUUCCUACCAUGAGGAGGAACCUAGAUGAUGAUGGUUUUGAGACUUAUUUUGGGAACAAACGAUGUGUUAUUAAGUUUGGUCAUGAUGAUAUUGGUCAUGGCGUUCGCCAUGACAAACUCUAUAGACUCUUUUUGAACGACUCC